UAUAAUGCAAAGCUGUCUUUGUUCGAUUUAAUACCUACUUUUAAUCUAAUUGAAAAAAGCUUCGACCAUCAAUCAACCUAAUUACUUCGUAAUUUCAAUUCGAAUUAUUAACGCGAUGAUCCUACUCGUGUUGCUCGUUCUACUAAAUUCAUUUCCAAAAUCUUUAUGCAAAACUCUCGCCGAUACUGUACCCUCGGAGUACUCGGAAAAUCGCAGACAAGAAAUGAAUCUGAUAAAAAACUGCGUCUAUAACAUUUCGGAAACUUACUCAGCCGGUAGAAAUAUGAUUUUCAUGGCCGAACAGUUGAAUUCGGAUUUGAGCGAGUUUCUCGUACGUGAUUUAAAUAAAGGCUUGAAGAUCAUCACGACAUCGAGUAACGUGUCUCGAAACAUGGGAUUCUUUUUCUUUUUCCAAGAUAACCGCGAGACGAGCUACGUUGAAAUAUUGGAUAAAAUUCCGCCCAAUAAUGUGAUGAGAUUUGUGGUGAUAUUCGACUAUCAAGAGAAAAUCGACCUGAGGCAGAUUCAAAAUACGUUGGAGGAGUUUUGGCUGUAUCAGAUCAUCGAUGUUAUUGCUCUGGUACCGUAUAAGAUAUCUAAAAAUAUACGAAUUUAUACGUAUUAUCCGUUUUCACCGACUAGGUGCGGAGAAACUGGUCCUCCUAUAUUGAUCAAUGUUUGGAAUUCUGCCAACAGAGCGUUCCUGAAUGGGCAUGAUUUGUUUUCGAGGAUCAAAAAGGUUUUCAAUUUAUACGGUUGCCCGUUAAGAUGCAUGGGGAUCAACAGGCCACCGGAAUCUACCAUAAUUCGAUUAGCUGAUAAUACAUGGCAAUUACAUGGAACUGGCAAUAAAGUAUUCAGGUUCAUCGAAAGGCAUUUAAAUUUCACAGCCAAAAUAGCUCUUUUUCAGAAAACUGAUACCAAAAAAGGAUACAAGGUGAAAAACAGCACACAACCGAAUUAUUCUCGUUUCGAUAUAGCUUUUGGAAAAUUCAUCCGUAUCCUAGAUGCCGAACCAAGCGCUGAAUUCAUAUCAGAAAACAGAAUGGAUUGUUUUACAUGGGCAGUGCCACAUGCAUCGGUGAUCGUACGUUGGAUGGUGCAUCGACUCCACAUCAAACACCCAGACUGGUCAACCUAUCGUUAUAUUCUUUUCUACACGUUUUCUACGUUCAUAGGUGCCACGGUGAAGUUACGAUCGAGAUCCUUCGUCUUGCGAAUAUUCGCAUCGCAAUGGCUUCUCUAUAGUUUGGUCAUCACAGCAUCUUACCAAGCUUAUCUAGGAAGUUUGAUGACUAUACCUCGAACAGAACCUGAAAUAAAUCAACAAUCGGAUCUCUUAAACACUA